CAGCGCUCAAUUUCCCCGUAAAACCAUGUCGCCUUCACUUUGCUCAUAGAAUAUUUCAUAUUCGCUUUGCACAAUCAGCUGUAGCGAAUGAGAGUGAAAAGUAAAAUAAAAAAUUACAAAUUUUCUCACUGAGUAGUUCUCGCUACCGGAAGUUUUUCACACUGGCACUUAAACUGCCGCUCGUUGGCGCUCAUGUUGUGCUCAGCACACUCUCCAAACUUUAGCACAUUCAGCACGUGCGCUCGUCGCGUUACGCUUACACACGAUAUGCGUUUUUCGGGGUUGCGCCGGGGCUGCAACGUUUAACCAAGAAAGCCGAUUGCAAAGCUGGGCGCUUUUGUCGGCGCUAGCGCCAGGCGAUGCAAACAAAGUUGGUCGUGAGUGUGUGUGUGUGUGCGGUGAGUCGUUUCAUAUUGGCGACGAGUCGAUAGUCGAUACAGCUUUUGCUGACGCGCAGGCUUUCAGUUUGAUUUCAACAACGGUAUUGUACGGUUAACAAAGCGAUUUGGAAGGCGCAAACCGCAACGCACAAAAACGCUCAAUAACGGUUAGGAAAAAAGUGAAAAUACAUAUGUACAACUCUAAAUACAUACAUACAUAUGUACGAAAGUAGUAAAACAAAAAACAUAUGUUUGUGCUGUGCAAGUGCAAGUAAUGCAUUUUUGCAUAUAAGAUAUAAGUACCGUUAAUACAAGACAGUAGAAAAGUAGAAAAUACUCUAAUAAAAGUGCAGUGCAUACAUAAAAUAUACUCACUAGCACACAUGCAUACAGGCAUAUAUGUAUGCAGUUGUGUAUGUGCGUGCGACGGUGUUUGAGCGCAGUGUGAAGCCUGCAUUGGCAAUUGCAUUUUACUGAAAGUAAAAACAAAAAAAAAAUAAAAAAAUUUAAGUUUUUUCUUCGUAAAAAUAAAAAAAAACAAAUUUCAUUGAAAAUUAUAUAUACUGUGUGCAACAUGUUUUGACAAAAAUCGAUUGCAACUCUAAAAACUGCAGCAUAUCUAAGUGAUAGUAUAUGCGCCCGUAAGUAGGCUAAAGCAAUUGAAACUCCAUUACGUGCGAAUACAGUUCAUUAUUGAACGCUCCUUUAAUACACAUACAUGUGUACAUACAAUUAAAGUGAAAUUGACCGGUUUGGCAUUGUUUGCACAACAAUUUUCAUGAUUUAAAUUUACAAAAACAAAAAACACAAUUUACGUCAUAAAUAUUUAAUGUGAAAAUUUCAAGCAGAAUUAAUAUUAAUUAUGAAUAUUUGAUGGCAUCCAGUCAUACGAAAAUAAAAAUUUAACCUCGAAAGAAAAUUGUCGUCACAAUAAUAUUUCACAACGCGUCUACGAAGGACGAAAUACUUGCUUGCGCUGAAGUGUUUAAAUUUGAGAACUAACGCUAAACACUGACCUCUCCACGUUGAGGCGUGACAUGGCGUGGACGAAGCUUACAGUAUUAACAUAAACCACACGACGAGCAAGACGGAAGUCGAGCGCAUAAAUGAAAUUACCAGCGGCAAGGAUAUGAGCAGCCAAAACAAACACACGCAUGUAUGAAGUGUAGUAAAUGCGACUGGAGUCGACGGCAAUAUGUAAAGGCGAAAUGGAAAUGCCGCGCAACAUAGCCACUGCAUUGUGUUCAAGAGAAAUUGAAUGAAAAUUAUGAAAAAAGCGGAUAUCAAGCUGAAAGGCAGACAAAUCAAGGAAGCGUGCGCGUGUGUGUGUGAUUUUGAAACUUAAAUGUGGCUAUAAAAUUUGCAUUUACAUGCUAUAUGCCACAGCUGUGAGUUGGCAUUGUCAUUCAAGCGCACAAUUGUAAUGCAAGCGCACAAAGGAUACACAAGGAUAAUUGCAUAAAUGCGUGGAUAAGUACACGAAGAGCAGGUAGCGCGUGAGUAUGUACGGAAAUUUGAGCGCGUUACAGGUGUGCGAGUGUGCCAACGGCAAAGUAAGUGUUAAAAGCUUAGCAAAAAUUGUGUGAGACAACAAAAAAUCCGUGCGAAAAAACGAGUGAAAAAGAAAACCAAAAAAGAAAUUGAAGUGAACCAAAAAACACAAAAGUGAUAGUUAGUGAAGCGAACUUGAAACUAUUAAUUAAAAAAAUAUAAAUUAGUUACGCCGCCGGUAAAUCGUUAGUUUCACUUACCUCGUGCCUCGCAGCUGUCAUUACGGCAACGCGCGCGCGCGCCCUAACGCAUUCAACAACCACGCACAACAGCGCUGUUUAGCUCUACCGCACUAAUUUACGCACUAACACACCAAACAGCGCAAGCUCACUCAUCCAUAUACACACACACAUUUGAUUGCGCGAACGAUCUUGUGGCUUUUUGGCUUAUAAAUGUACAAGGACAGCAGCUGCCGCAGCAGUCCGCAGCCAACACCGCCAAAAGCAACGCCAGCAGAAACAGCAAUAAACACAACAACAACAAUAGCGCCAGCACCAGCCACCGAUCCCAAUACGGUUGUAGCAACAACAAGCACCGCAACAAGAACAGCAGCCAGCGCCGAGUUCACAGCGAGCGCGCAGCAAAGUGAAGCUGAGCGUAACGCGUCAUUCAAAGGUCAUGCGUCCAAAUCAGUCGACGACCAUACAGCAGCAGCGGUAAGUGAGCGCACGACAUGCGGUGAACCCACCAGCAUAAACACAGCAUCAGCUGCAGCCAGCACGACACACAACAGUCUAAGCAGUAACAGCAACACGCCCAUCACACUUAGCCUCGCGGCCGAACAUUUGGAGGCGGAGUAUUAUCAGCUCAGCUGCGCCUCAGAUUGUUCGGUUUCGUCAACAUCCUCCUCGGGCGCGAAUACAUCAUGCAGCGGCAGUGACGACAGCGACGAAAACAGUGAAGUGUAUACAUUUCGUGCGCGUCCGGCAUUCCCCGCGCACCUCUUAUAUAACGCGGCGAAACGACGCGCCAACUUGCGACGCGAACACGCGCCCGGUGAGUGUCAUAGUGCGCCGGGGCUUGACGCCGAUAGUCGACGCGGCAGCGCUGUAAGCGGACUGAGCAACGCUACUGGUGUUAGCGGCGGCAGCAGUAGUCGACGGCACAAACACAAACAUCGCACCAGCAUUAGCGCUGAUGUGCGCGUGCUACGUAAAAUCGGUUAUAUUGCGUCGCGCGUGCGGUUUUUGUCUAAAAUCUAUGGUGAUUUCAAAUUGAUAAACCCAUACAGUCCGGCAAAGCAGCGCAAACAACUACAAGAUAUAUUGUUGCGUCACUCAAUACCCGAUACGGAUCGUAAAGGCGCUGCGGCAGCAUCAGGUUAUCGCACAAAGCACGCAACGACGGCGUACCAAAGCGCGGGAGCGGCAACAGCGGCCGCAACUGUUUUGGCCAGCCAACGGAGCACGACGCCUGAUAGCGCGCGCGCAAGUGCACAAGCAGAAGUCGGCGCGUGCGUGCCGGAAACGCAAGCGCCGCGUGUAGAAGAAGAAACUGCGCACAGCUCUCUGGAAGAGGACGACGAGGAGGAGACAUCUGCCACAUUUACUGCGGGUACGGUGCGCCGUAAGUCAUCUGUGCUGGUAACAGGCGGCGACGAAAGCCUCACGGCGCAAAACUCGCUUGCUGUGCUUGAGGAGCUCUUGGUGCAGUUCUAUGAGCAGCGACAGCAUCGCAUCACUGUAAUACGGCGGCGACAGCAGAGUCGACGCGGCAGCCAGCGUGGUAACGGCAAAAUUGCAGCCAACUGCAAGCAACAGUCCGCGCCGCAGCCACAACAGUUAAUCAUUAUGAGCGGCGGCAGCGCUGUGGGGACAGACAGCAACGUCGGACAACAGCUACUGCGCGCCGAUGCCGUCGAUAUCGAGCAGCAAACGAAUUUACGCAAUGCCAAUAACUUAUAUAAUAGUAGCGAAAUCGAUGCCGAUAAUAGCGGCGUAACAACGGCAAGUGCGUCCGCGACACAGCAACAGAGCAGCGUCACCGCUGGCGUGUCGGUGAACAUCGCUGCCACUGCAUCUAGUCAAGCCAAACAAAAGCCACCGCAAACACAUCAGCAGCAGCGUAGCUAUAGCAAUGCCUUCCUACAGCCAUUCAGCAUUGGUGGCGGCUGUAUGGAUCGACGGCGGCGCGCUAGCGAUUGCUCAACGCAUCCCAGUAGUCAGCAAUUAUUGCAACAGCAGUUGUUGAGCAAUCAAUUGCAAGUCACGCUGAAGAACAACAACUACACUAUUGGUGGUGGUAAAUUUCCUUAUCAUCGCGGCAGUUGUGGCGGUGCGGGUGAACACUUGUUGGCCGCCAAUUCCAUAGCCAAUCGUUCGACUAUCAUAUUGAGCAAAUCAUGCAGCAAUGUGGAAGGUGCACCGACGGCGCAUACUGGCGGUGUUGGUGGCGGCGGUAAUGCUGAUGUUAUGCGCAAAUUAAGUUUAGGCGGUCAAGUGGAUGCUGCAAAUAACGGCAAUCUGGUGUCGCCUGCUGCGUUGACACCUUCACCGACCGCAAAGCAGCCACAAGUGGCUGCAACUCACCCUACAUCACCACAAGCACAAUCACAACAGCAACAACAACCCACCGCUGGCGGCCCGGGCAGCAAUGGCAACAAUGAAUACAACAUUGUGCAGCUAAACAAUACAAUCAUACAGUGUCAUUUCAACGACGAGGAUUUUCGCGCGCUGGUCAAAGAUCUGAAACGAAAAGUGGAGUAUACCGAGCGCAUGAAUUGGCUAUGCCUCUCCAAACGUCCCAUGGGUCCGCCACAUCGCAAAAGCAGUCUACCAAAGCAUCAGGAGGUGAAAAAACGUUUCCUGGAAAUUUGUGAUACCAACUUCUCGGAUGAGGUGAAGGCAGCACUGCGGCUGCCCGCAUUCGAUUCGUAUGAGUGGGGCGAUGCCGAUGUCAUACAUUUAAUGCAAACGAUGUUCCUCGAACUGGGCUUCAUAGAUAAAUUCAAUAUACCGAUUGAGACGUUGCGUGAGUGGCUCUAUGAGGUCUACAAGCAUUACAACGAGGUGCCAUUUCACAAUUUCCGGCAUUGCUUCUGUGUGGCGCAAAUGAUGUACGCUAUAACCAGGCAAGCCAAUUUGUUGCAACGACUAGGCGACCUUGAAUGUCUAAUACUGCUGGUGUCCUGCAUUUGUCAUGAUCUCGAUCAUCCCGGCUAUAAUAAUAUCUAUCAGAUAAAUGCGCGCACUGAAUUGGCGCUCAGAUAUAAUGACAUUUCGCCGCUGGAAAAUCAUCAUUGUUCAAUAGCAUUCCGCUUGCUGGAGCAUCCUGAGUGUAAUAUCUUCAAAAAUUUCAGCAGCGACACAUUCAAAGAAAUACGUGAGGGCAUCAUACGCUGCAUAUUGGCCACGGAUAUGGCGCGCCACAAUGAAAUACUAACACAGUUCAAAGAGAUUACACCCAUAUUCGAUUACACAAAUCGCGCACACAUCAAUUUGCUCUGCAUGGUGCUCAUCAAGGUGGCCGACAUCUCCAAUGAGGCGCGUCCCAUGGAUGUCGCCGAACCCUGGCUUGAUCGCUUAUUACAGGAAUUUUUCGCACAAAGCGCUGCUGAGAAAUCUGAGGGACUUCCCGUUACACCCUUCAUGGAUCCGGAUAAAGUUAGUAAACCCGGUUCACAGGUGCGUUUCAUCGGUUUGGUGCUACUACCGCUCUUCGAAGCAUUGGGCGACUUAGUGCCUGAAGUGAUUGAACUCAUCAUUAUACCCGUGCGCAUAGCGCUCGACUACUAUAGACGCUUAAAUGAUGCGCAGAAUAAAUCGCGCAAAUCUGUUGCCGACACCGCCUCAAUGGUCGCAUCGGACAAUACCAGUGCCGCCUCGGAUGGUGGCGGCAGCACGACUGCUGUAUGUACAAGUGGUGGUCAUGCACACAGUUCAGCUGCUGGCACUAAUGGACAGUUAACCGGCACCAGCACCGCCUCUACGGGCACUACAACCACCGGUGCGGGCGGUGGUAGUGGCAGCGGUGGUGGCGGCGGCGGUGGCGGCUCGGGCAGUGGUGGCACCAACUCUGGCGGCAGUAUUUCACCACAAAUGCCACGCUCACAAUCGGGCAUUAGUGUGAAGUCCCGCCGGAGUAUACCAUCACAGAAAUCGGCAUCACGCACCUCGGUCGAUGAGCCGCAAUGUUUGGCAGCCGAAUUACACGAUCUGCCCGAGGGUAGUGAGAGUGGUGAUUCCGAGACGGCAACCGAAGUGGAUGUCGCCGAGAAGACUUCCAAAUUCAAAGUGGACACUGAAGGCAGCAGCAACCGUUCGAAAUCUUCGCAUUCUACAUCGCGUAAGUCAUCGCGCGAGAAACGCCCCUCCAUGAUCGGCGAGAUGUGCAGUAGCGGCGGUGGUCAGCGCAUACGCAACUCUUACGGCAACAUACACGGCUAUCACACCAAUCGCUGUCACUUCAGCUCUAAUCGCGCGGUCAGUCUGGACCAGUAUAGCACCAAUAAUCGACGUCUCUCGGAUGGCCUACAGCAAGUCAUCUCCGACAGCAAUGUCUUCUAUAAUCGUCAAAACCGUGGCAGUCUCGAAGCGACCGCCAGCCGUCUGGGCGACGAUCUAAAUAUGAAUGCCGCAGGCGUCGCUGGCGGCAUCGCGGGUGUUACGCAGUCUUCCACGCAGCCACUCAAUCCGAACAAUGUGCCAAAUGUGGAGUGCAGCGCCGGCAUGGCGGCACAUGUCAGCGGCGCGUGCACCAGUCAGUCUUGCCAGCAUCAACAUUUGCACCAUACACACCACAUCAGCCAGCAUCAACAGCAGCUGCACCAGCAGCAAAUGCAGCAACAGCUACAGCACUUACAGUCAUCAUCGAAUGGCAAUCUCUCACCCACCCAGUUGCUGCAACCGAAACUACAGCAACACUGUUGUGCUGCGGCCGCCGCUGCUGCAGCUGCUGCUGCUGCCGCGGCUGGCAACACGUCCAACGGUCUAGGCGGCAAUGGCAUUGGCGGCGCCACCGUUUCCAAAUCCACCUGGAAGACACGUCUCAAACAGUUUUCCGACUACUUUGGCUUUUCAUUCGAUAAGGGCGGCAAGCGUUUCGGCAGCACACGCAGUUCACCGUGCCCGGCGCGCAACAAUAACGGCACUGGUCUAACCGGUGUCAAUCAAACUAUUGAUCCGCUGCUCGGCGGCAGUGGCGGCAAGCCGCAGAGCAUUUGCUGCACCAUCUCGAAUAACCUGCAGUCCCCUAGUCUGCGUCACAAAUCACUGGCCGCGGGUGCCGGUCUGCCCACCCACUCGGAGCUGGUGAAUGCCGGUCGCCUACGCGCCUACAGCUUAGACGUGCCCUGCAGUCACACCAGCAAUCCGCGCUACAGCAGCAGCAGUGGUGGCGGCGGCGAUAGUAGUCGCAAGUCAUCGCGUCAUGAUGGCGGCACCACCGGCACCGGCGACGACAACAAUAGCAACAAUACGCUACAUAGCAGCGGUGGCGGUGGCAGUGAAAUGCCCACUUGUCUACCGCCGCCCAUACGCAUCGGCAGCGUUGAUGCCAGCGACACAAUAUUGAUAACGACCGGCUUGCCGCGCGUCAUAACGCCCGCUCAGCUGGGUGAGACUGAACCGAGUUUGAGCAUUGACUUGGGUAUGGCUAGUGGGUCGUCAUAUGAACCGCCGAAAAUUUGACAACGGGGUAGCUCGGAGACGACAACGAACUCGCUCUCGAAUAACGGCGCAUUUGCAGCGCUGCUACAGCAACAGCAACAGCUGCAGAAGGAGGCGGCAUCGCUGCGGCACAGCUCCAGCUGUAAUAUGUCCUCGAUGUCGCUGACCGUUUGGUCGGCACUGGGGCAACGGCUAAGCGCGUUGGUGUGUCAUUGCUGCGAACGAAAGUUACCCGAACCGGAGAAUGUCUGAAGCGCAGAGUAGGGUGAGAGUAGGAGAGAGGGAAAACCGAACUAAGUUUAUUUAGAAAAAUUGGCUAAAAGAAAAAUUGCAGGAACAAGCAAAACAUUUACGGUAAAUGGCAUGCUGUUGUGGCAACAAUGUUGCUGACUGGUCUUUAAGUGGUUUAGAAGAGUGAGAAAAAAGAUGAUUGCUUGAUAAAAUGUUGCUUGCAAGAAGUUUUUAUGAUAUUACAUUGCUUUCAUUUAAAAAAAAAAUAUUUUGGAAUUUUUUAUAAUUAAAACUUUUUCUUUUUGAAAAACCGAAAAAAAAUUUAUUUCGAAACAUUUGAAACAAUGUUUGGGAAAGAAAUAUCUAAAAUAACUUUAUUUCAUAUCUAUGAGUACAUAUUUAAAUUUUGGGUUUUUCAAAAUUAAAAAAAAAAACUUUUGGUUUUUCAAAAAAUAUUUUUUUUUAAUUUUGAAAUAUUUUAGAAAAAAUGUGUAGAAAAAAACUUGCCUGGAACAACUUUUUUUGAUAUCUAUGAUGAUCAUAUUUAAAAUUUAGAUCAAAUGUUGCUAGCAACAUGUUGCAGUUAGUUUUUUUUUUUUAUUUAAAACAGAUUUAGACACAAAAAUUACUGGUUAGAGGACUGUCUGUGUAUAUUUGACUAUAAUAAAGAAGUGAAAGAAUUUUUGAAAAACUUUGGGAAAUAUUGUUGAUAAAAUUUGUAAAGAAAAAAUUUUCAGAGAAAAA